AUGGCACAAGUCGACAGUCCUAAAACGAACUUGGAGAAGGUCAAGCCGGAGGUCCUUGCGGCGAUUAGGGCUUCGAUGACCACUUUCAAGAACUUGCCUCACGCAAGGGGAACUUGGAAAAUAAUGUCCUUCUUUGAGGAACUCCCGAUUCCUGAUGAACCAACACAUUUUGGCCCGCUCGUUGGAUACGUUGAUACUUAUUUAUACGGACAGCCGCAGUUCGGCCUCCAUACAGACCACAGACGUAUCUGUUUUUGUUCCGAUACACAAGAUCAGAGAUAUAAAGUCAUAGAGUCAGCAUUAAACGGCAUGCUUCUACAGACUUUAAAUGUUGUAGUAAAGCCCUAUCAAAAACAAGAUUAUAUCUUCAAUAUUGAAGUAGAUGCUUUGAAUUCCCUGGAUAAUACAAGGGAACACUAUAUGGUGCCGCUUAUAAGAGAAGACAGAUUCUCUUGGGUUUUCCAGGAUUCUUCAUUUCGAUCAUGGCUAGGAAAGCCUCGAAGCAUGCUGUGGAUCAAAGGAAAACCCGGGAGCGGCAAAACGACUCUAAUGACGCACUUGCUACACAACUUACCAAAGCAUUAUGAUAUAACCACUUGCUUCUUUAGCUUCGGGCCUAUUUAUUCAACCCAAGCCUCCUUCAAGUCAAUGCUUAAGUCGCUCCUUCUUCAACUCUUGCUCAAGGUCCCAUCUCAUUUCACUUCUGAACUAUCCUUAGCGUUUUCAGACAGGUCUGAAUACUUUGGUACUUAUGGAAGGAACUGGGAAUGGGGGGAGAAGGAACUUAAGAAUCAGUUUCUCUUAUUUUUGCGUCAGGCAAGCGACUUGAAGAGGCCUUUGUUCAUUCUCGUGGAUGCCUUGGACGAGUGCUCCGAUGGAGAUCAACGAGAAGUCUAUAUCUUCAUUAACGACGUCCUUUCGGAUCACAAAGCACAUGUCGGCGUAACUUCUAGGCUUGAAUCGCAAUGUGCUCCGUCCCAAUUUCAACAAAGAAUUCGCCUGGAGGACCAUAACUUAGUUGAUAUCAGAUACUAUGUUAUGAGACAACUCGAUCUGUUUCAACCAUCUAGCACUCUUGGCGACAAAAUGAUAAUUGUGCAAAAGAUCUCUCAGAUGGCAAAUGGCAAUUUCUUGUGGUGCCGGCUGGUAAUGUCAAACUUUGACAUGUUCAUCCAGGCUGGUGCCAAAGACGGCAAUCUGGAGGACAUAUGUUCCAAUAUACCUCUGGAUGUCACAAGAUUAUAUGAAUCCAUUAUCUCUCGGAAAAUAUUUGGACAUAGGCAUCUCCUCCUUCGAUGGGUUACAUUUGCCAUGCGGCCUCUCACUGUUACAGAACUACAAGAUGCUUUGCUGAUUGGCGAUUCUCGCUCUGAGGGGGAGGAGGCUAAUGAUUCCAAAAACAUGGAAACCAGCAUCUAUAAUCCUCACGAUGAGGUAUCUCACUUGCUGAAGGAGAUUAGUUCCAUAUCAGGGGGGAUUUUGGAGAUCUCCAUGCCAUCCAGAUAUGUUCCGCUGCAACCCGAAGUUGAUUGGACAUCGCCUGUCGUAACAUUCAUCCACCAAAGUGUGAAAGAGUACUUGCUAGGCGACUUUUGGAGUAUCGGAGAUUCUCAUUACCGAAACAGUCACAAAAUUCUUGCAAAAUCUUGUGGACAGUAUCUAACAACUUCAACGCCAGAUCCCAAAAUUAGACGACCCUUCUUCAACUAUUGCCUCUGUUACGGGAGGCAGCACGCCGAAAUAGCCCAGUAUCAAAACGAGUAUAGUUGGAGAAUUUCCUUUGCGUUCAAUAAGGGUGAAACUCUUGAAUCAUGGAUCAUAUCAUUCAAUCAUAAUACCCAAUUGAAUGUUUUCUCUCCCGGAGCCACCACGAUCAAUCACAUUCUGGCCUAUCUGAAUGUGCCAGUACUUCAGGCAAAGGAACUAAAUAAGUGGAAACACUGCGAUGUGAACUCUCAAGAUCAUUUGGGUCUCACGCCUUUGGCGCUUGCUGCUGCAUUGGGGCAUAAAGGCCCUUUCAAACAGCUGCUUCAGCUGGGUGCUGACUGGGGUAUUCGUGACAAUGUGUAUGGGCAAACUCCACUAGGAUGGGCUUCCGCCUACGGACACGUUGACAUUGUGAAGCUGUUGAUUGGUGCUGGUGCUGAUAUAAACGAAUCCAAAAGUGGCACAACGCCACUCCAUCUUGCGAUUCGCAAUUCUCACGUUGACGUUGUCCAACGCCUCUUAGACCACGGUGCGAGUGUUCAUCUGAGAGAAAAGGCAUUUGGUCGCUCAGCUUUGGGUCUCGCUGCUACUUUGGGUAGAGGAUCCAUGGUCAAUCUAUUGACACAAUAUGGGGGUUCUGCAUUAGAGGUCCAAGACAAGUCCGGUUGGACAGUUCUGCACUGCGCGAUUGCAUCCUCUCAUAGAAUCACAUCCAGGCUACUCCUAGACACUAUUUCGAAAACAGAUUUGAAAAAGAUCGGUCAGUUUGGCAUAGCAACGGAGCCAGCUUGGGUUGGGACAAUACUUUCAGCCCUCAGCAGAAACAUUUUGUGUUGCGGCCCAGAGAGUCAACCACCAUCGUCUACUUCGGCCAAAGAAUCCACCCAAGAAAGUUCUAGGCCAAAUGAUUUUCCGCAACGCAACCAAAAGAAGCGUGGGAGAGACGAGAGCGCAGACAAGCCUGGCGGCGAGGAAGAUGGAGACUUGACGUCGGCCACACGCAAACUUCCUCGGCUAAACUUUGCUUGUCCGUACUAUAAGAGGUAUCCUGACAAAUUUACAAAAGGGGCAUGUGUUGGCAGCGGUUUCCCUGCCAUGCACCGGCUUAUGUAUGGAGCAUAUAUCAAGGAAACACUUCCUUGA